UGUGUUUUUUUCAUAUUUCACAUAUAGUCCUCACUUUUUCUGAAUUAGAUGUUUUCUCCUUAUAGUUUAUAAGUUGGUGACUUUGGUACUCCCUAGCGUGGAUGGAUGCUAGUUUGUUGUAUUAAGUGGAUAUAAAAUAACGAAAUUGGUUGCACACCAACACGAACAUCAUUUGAAGAAGCAUUGUCCAGGUAAAAGAAAUAACUUCUUCUCAAUUUCCCAACUUUUUAGCAAAUUACUAAUUUUUUUCAGCUAAAGCAUUACCGGUGUACGGAGAAGGCAUGUAAGACAUUUUUUUUUUCAGAAAAGCUAUUUAUGACAUGGCUAUCUAGGUAUAACUAGGGGCAUGAAAAAAUAAUCUGAAUCGCAAACCAAACCCGAGUUUUCCGACGACUUUAGACGCACAUCUAAGCAUAACCUUGUUGGUCCUUAAACUAUUUACUUCAUCAAGUUAACACACAUCUAAACACCCUCUAGCAAGCCUUAAGUAGUUGGAACUCAAACAGAGUUAUUUAACCGUUUAAAAUCCUUAUGGGUAUUACUAAUGUCUAGCUCUGCGCGUUCUAUUUUGUUUAGUCCAGAACUGUAUAUCUCUUGAUGCCUUUUUAUAUGAUCUAAGAAAGUGAUAUGGUGUAUAUGUGAUAAACAUAUCUUGGCAUUGUAUUUGUUUUAUGAAGGAAAAUAUAAUGGUCAUACAAGCUUUCACACAAGUUAGUUGUCUACAUACUCAUCUUUGUUCUUAAUGACAUAUUUAGUUUCUUGUAAAGUCAUGUGUUCAUUCUCCUUUUUGUUAGAGCCUUAGAGGGUGGGAUAGUCAAAGAAGCCUAACUACCCAGAUCGAUUAUUUGGUUGUUAGUUAAAUAAACUAUUUCAUAACCUCUUAUAUCAACCUCAUAAAACGGAUGUGAAAGUAAGGUAUUCAAACACUCAACUUCAUUCGAUGGGACGGAUUGUUGCAGCCUCCCUUACAUAACUAUAACGCGUCCUCCUUAGUCCUACAUACCCAAAAUCACAACACCUACAGGGAUACUACUCUUAACACCUUUUGUAACAUCCCAAUCCUCAAGCAGUAGUUUGUUGUCCCAACAACCAUCUAAUUAACAAAUACGGUGGUUGUUAUAGAUUGUUUUACCUUUUUUAAUAAAUAUAAAGCACAAAUAUUCAACCAACAUUGAAUAUUUUACUCCCGCGUGAAUUGAUAUAGAACGUGACAAUAGUAAUAAAGACAUUCUCGAAGACGCGUUUUCAAAUAGUUUUAUAAAAUAUUAACUUAAUUUGGUAGAGCUUCUAAGGUCUUAAAAUUUCCUUAAAUGCGGUAUUAAUUCGUUGACCAUUUUAAUGUUUUUGAUAUCUUUUCCAAUAUCUAGAAUAUAAGAUAUAAUCAUAUACAUGUGUAUAUAUAUGGGUGUGUAUGUAUUUCUGUUGUUCACCAAACAACAUGACUCGCUCAAUGGUUAUGUACCAGUUCAUUGAGGAUGAACGCGUCAGGAAUGUAACCAUGAGGAAGAGGAAGGCGAGUCUAAUGAAGAAGAUGAAUGAGUUGAAGAUUUUGUGUGAUGUUGAUGCAUGUCUUGUGAUGUAUGAAACUGACGACAGUCCACCUGAUGUUUGGCCAUCUCCUUCUGAAGCGCAUCGCGUGAUUCAAAAGUUUAAUAAAUCGCCAAUGUGGAGUUCUAAUGCCUUACAAGAUCACUCAGCUUAUCUUCAAAAACAAAUAGCCAAAAUGAAGAAACAGUUGGCAAAGGAAAAGGAGAAGAACAUGAAACAUUUAAUGGUGAAAUGUUUGUUUGAUGAGAACGCACUCAGGGAGGUCAACAAUCAAGAGGUUUUGGAUGGUGUGCGUUCUGCGAUUGACAGUGAGAUUGAAGCAAUUGAUGACAUGAUUAAGGAAGCUCAAGAGAAGGCCAAGAAAAAGAUGGUUUUUAGAACCUUCUUUUAAGAAUAUGUGAUCUGUAUGCGAUCAAAUCGCUAUGUUCUACCUGAAUAAAAUGUCCUUUUUCUCUUAUUUAUCAUCAAUUAAAUAAAAUGGCCUUUUUCUCUUAUUUAUCAUAAAUUAUGUUUGGAUUUUGUUUUCAUGUUUUUUUACUUAAUUUCCCUUGGAAACUGCAAGCUGCAUAAAGAACAAGACUGUUUUCAUGGAUUUUUUCCUUUUCAUGUUUUAUGUCAGUUU